CGCUGAAGCGCAAUGCCUGGUUUUACUGUCCAUAUCCGAGAUGAGUGGCUGGCGGUGCCCUGCCGGGAUACCACGAACACCAUCCGGUGGCUCGGACACGAGGCGCUUAAACGCUACAUGAAGAACAAGCCAGACAACGGCGGCAUCACGGCUCUGAAGGACACUCGUUUUGUUGUGCGCAGGUGCCAGGGUUUGGGUUUGUUGGACGCGGAUGACACCAUCGAGGAUGUACUGGAGGACAAUGACUUUGUCGAGCUUGCUAUUGAAGGGGACACCAUGUCUCCUGACUUCAUCCCGUAUGAGCCUGGAGUUUCUCAUCUUACAGCAUUGUACAAAGAACCCAGAGAGUAUAUUUCCUUGGAUGGAAACAGCUUGACAUCGACAGAUCUGGUCAACUUAGGAAGAGGACUCUACAAGAUAAAGCUGACUUUGGAUGCAGAAAACAACGUUGUGCAAGCUAGACAGCUUUUGGACACUAUUGUCAAAGAAAACAAAGUUGUCUAUGGAAUCACAACAGGUUUUGGCAAAUUUGCCCGAACAGUUAUUCCUGUCAGCAAGCUCAAGGAGCUGCAGGAGAACUUGGUGCGGUCACACUCGGCAGGUGUGGGAAACCCGCUGAGCCCAGAAAGGACCCGCAUGCUUCUUGCUCUGAGGAUCAAUGUUCUGGCCAAAGGGUACAGCGGAAUUUCUCUGGAAACCCUUCAUGCCAUGAUCCAAGCCUUCAACGCUUCCUGCCUCUCCUAUGUCCCAGAGAAGGGAAGCGUUGGUGCAAGUGGAGACCUCGCACCCCUUUCUCACCUGGCCCUGGGGCUGAUGGGAGAGGGGAAAAUGUGGUCUCCCAAGAGCGGAUGGGCAGAUGCCAAAUAUGUCCUGGAGGCCCAUGGACUGAAGCCAAUAUCACUAAGGCCUAAAGAGGGUCUUGCUUUGAUCAACGGGACCCAAAUGAUCACCUCUCUGGGGGCCGAGGCCGUGGAGCGAGCCCAGGCGAUUGCUCGGCAGGCAGACAUCAUUGCUGCUCUGACCCUAGAGGUGCUAAAGGGAACCACCAAGGCCUUUGACAGUGACAUUCAUAGGCUGCGGCCCCACCCCGGACAGAUCGAGGUGGCCCAACGCUUCCGCUCGCUGCUGGACUCUGAUCACCAUCCAUCCGAGCUUGCAGAGAGCCACCGGUUUUGUGACAGAGUCCAGGAUGCCUACACCAUGCGAUGCUGUCCUCAGGUUCAUGGAAUCACCAAUGACACAAUAACAUUUGUCCUGAACAUCAUCAAUACAGAAAUCAACAGCGCCACUGACAAUCCUAUGGUAUUUGCAGAAAGAGGAGAGACCAUUUCAGGUGGGAAUUUCCAUGGUGAAUACCCAGCUAAGGCUCUGGACUUUUUAGCCAUUGCGGUCCACGAGCUGGCCUCCAUCAGCGAGAGGAGGAUCGAAAGGUUGUGUAACCCGUCACUGAGUGAGCUGCCGGCCUUCCUCGUCAAUGAGGGAGGACUCAACUCAGGCUUCAUGAUUGCUCAUUGCACCGCUGCUGCCUUGGUUUCAGAGAAUAAAGUUUUGUGUCAUCCAUCGUCUGUGGACUCCUUGUCCACCAGUGCUGCCACUGAGGACCAUGUGUCCAUGGGAGGCUGGGCAGCUAGGAAGGCCCUGAGGGUUGUGGAGCAUGUGGAGCAAGUUCUUGCUAUAGAGCUGCUGGCAGCCUGUCAGGGUAUCGAGUUCCUCCGUCCACUUCGUACCACCACUCCAUUGGAGAAGGUCUAUGAACUUGUGCGCAGUGUGGUCAAGCCAUGGAUUAAAGACAGAUUCAUGUCUCCGGACAUUGAAGCUGUUCACCGUCUUCUACUCGACCAGAAGGUGUGGAAUGUGGCCAAACCUUACAUCGACAAGUAUCAGACAGAGUUCAUCCCCGAGUCCCGUCCCGUGUCUCCUACUGCCUUCUCUCUGGACUCAGCAUCCCAGCGGAAACGUGUUCGCCAUGAGUGAAAACACGGACGACUUUUGUUAUUUUGAAAUAAGCGUCAAUUAUUGACAAAGAUCAAAGAUUGAUUUGAGGAGCCAAUGUUGUUUUGACCCUUUUAAACUAAACUCUUACUUGAUUUCUAACAUUUGUAAUCCUUGAGCAUAUCUUGGUAAUUUAAUAAUUGGGUAUUUCUCUAGUAAUUAUUGGGUGUUUAUCUUGCAUAUAGCUUGACCUACACCACUGUGCACUAGAGUUGUAUUUAUCUAAACUUUUGUUGUUCCUUUAAAAUGUGCCUAAUUGAGUUAUUGCCACAUGACUACCUCAUUCAUUGCACCAUGUUCAUAUCAAAUAGUUUUAAUGGUGUAGCACAAACGCUGCUAUGAUUAAAUGCUUUUUUUUCUGGUGGAAUUACAGGUAAUCUGAAAUGAUUGUCAUCUGUACAUUUCUGUUAGACAACACAAAAUAAAAGUUCAAAAAGCUGCAUUCUUUAAUGGUUUGUAUGAUUAUGUAAUUCCUCCUUUCUGCAUACUAUUAUUUAUUGUUU